ACCCUCUACAAUGAAAGUGGUAACAAUUUUAGCCCUAUUGUCUGCUUUUAUAGCAGUAUCGUCUGCAGGCAACGUUGUCUGUUAUUUUACGAGCUGGACCAUCUACAGAGAGGGUGAUGGUACUUUUGCCGCCAAAGAUGUAGAUCCAACACUUUGCACACACAUUCUGUAUGCUUUCGUUGGGUUAGCAUGGGAUGCUACUGUGAAAAUUUUGGACGACUGGGAAAUCACUGGAUUAGAUGAACUUAACCACCUGAUAUCGCUUAAAGAACAAAAUCCAAACUUGAAGAUCAUACUUAGUAUGGGUGGUUGGAAUGAAGGCUCUUACCAGUACUCACAAGUUGCUGCAGAUCCUAGUCUUAGAGCCACGAUGAUCGACAGUGUCAUCAGUUUUUUGAAAGAAAAUGGGUUUGACGGAUUCGAUCUCGACUGGGAAUAUCCUGGACAGAGAGGUGGUGCUGACGACGAUCCACAAAAUUACAUUACCUGGUUGGGUGAACUGAAAGCCGCCUUGAACGCCGAAGGGUAUAUUCUUUCAGCUGCUGUUUCUGGGGGAGUGGGAUCAAUGGAUAUCUCAUACCCAGAUGGUAAAGCUAUCUCAGAUAACCUAGACAUGAUCAAUGUAAUGACUUAUGACUACCAUGGAGACUGGGAAAAGUGGGUGGGCCACAAUGCUCCUCUAUAUGCCUCACAUCUAGACGAAGGCGACAACGCAGUUCUCAACGUCGCCGCUGGUAUUCAACACUGGAUCGACAACGGGGCCGAUCCUAAAAAAAUUAAUAUUGGACUUGGUACUUAUGGUCGUACUUUUACCUUGGCCAACGCAUCCAAUACUGAAUUGUAUGCACCGGUUUAUGGUACUGGCGAACAAGGACCCUACACUCAAGAAGCUGGUAUGUUGGGGUACAAUGAGAUUUGUGCGUUAUACAGCGACUGGGAAGAAACUUGGGACGAUGAGCAAAAAGUGCCACAUAAAGUGAACGGUGAUCAGUGGGUUGGUUACGAUGAUGUCAAGUCAAUUCAACUGAAGAUUGAAUUUGCUAAUGAGAUGGGGUUGGGAGGUGCUAUGGUUUGGUCUCUGGAUACUGAUGACUUUUUGGGUAAAUGUGGAGAGAAGUAUCCUCUCAUGAAAGCCAUUAAUCAGAAUUUAAAAUAAAUGUUAAAAUAUUUCUUAAAUAAAUAAUUUUUUUGG